AUGGAGAUGAAGACCGUGAACCAAAUCCAAUUGCUGUCUAAGAUAGCCACCGGCGAUGGACACGGUGAGAACUCCCCAUAUUUUGAUGGAUGGAAGGCUUAUGAAGACAAUCCCUUUCACCCCACCAAGAAUCCUAAUGGGGUUAUCCAGAUGGGUCUUGCAGAAAAUCAGCUUGCUUCUGACUUAGUUCAACAUUGGUUAUUGGAAAAUCCGGGAGCUUCCAUCUGCACUCCAGAAGGAGUACGUGAUUUCAAGCUGAUGGCUAACUUUCAGGAUUAUCAUGGUCUACCAGAGUUUAGAAAAGCUUUGGCUAAAUUCAUGGCAAAGACUAGAGGAAAUAGAGUCACUUUCGAUCCUGAGCGUAUUGUUAUGAGCGGGGGAGCAACUGGAGCACAUGAAGUCACUGCUUUUUGUUUGGCAGACCCCGGUGAUGCAUUUUUGGUACCCACACCUUAUUAUGCAGGUUUUGACAGAGAUUUGAGGUGGAGAACAGGAGUUCAACUUGUUCCAGUAAUCUGUGAAAGCUCCAAUGGUUUCAAGUUAACAACAAAAGCGUUGGAAGCUGCGUAUGAGAAAGCCAAAGAGGACAACAUCAGAAUAAAGGGCUUGUUAAUUACCAACCCAUCAAACCCAUUGGGAACUACCAUGGAUAGAGAGACAUUAAGAGCAGUGGUGAGUUUUAUUAACGAAAAACACAUCCACCUAGUAUGCGACGAAAUAUAUGCUGGAACAGUUUUUUGCCACCCUGGUUUCACGAGCAUUGCUGAAAUAAUAGAGGAAGACACAGAUAUCAAGUGCAACAGUGACCUCAUUCACAUUGUUUAUAGUCUUUCCAAAGAUAUGGGGUUCCCUGGCUUCAGAGUCGGUAUUAUAUAUUCUUACAAUGAUGCCGUGGUCAAUUGUGCUCGCAAAAUGUCUAGCUUUGGAUUAGUAUCCACACAGACCCAAUAUCUUAUUGCAUCAAUGCUCUCUGAUGAUGAGUUUGUGGAACGGUUUCUUCAAGAGAGUGCAAAACGCCUUGCAACAAGAUAUGGUGUUUUCUGUAGGGGUCUUGCCCAAGUUGGUAUAAAGUGUUUGCAGAGCAAUGCUGGUCUCUUUCUGUGGAUGGAUUUGCAUCGUCUUUUGAAGAAACCAACUUUUGAAGCUGAAAUGGAACUCUGGAGAGUGAUAAUCCACCAAGUUAAGAUCAAUAUUUCUCCUGGUUCUUCUUUCCAUUGUUCUGAGCCUGGGUGGUUCCGGGUGUGCUAUGCAAACAUGGAUGAUAGAGCUGUGGAAGUUUCUUUGACAAGAAUGCGUACCUUUGUGCAUCAAAACACAGAAGAUAAGAAACCUUGUAGCCAGAAAAACUUGAGGUUAAGUUUCUCAUCCAGAAGGAUGGACGAUUUCUUGACGUCACCUCACUCCCCAAUUCCUCAAUCACCUCUAGUUAAAGCCACCACUUGA